AUGGCGUACUUCGAUUGGCUAAUCAACGUUGCUUUCAGCAUGUAUAUGAUGAGACACAAUAUCGGCGGAACCAAGAAUGUUCCGAAAAUCUCAUUUGAAGUUGUUGGGUCUACUGGCAAUAUUUACAAAACGGUCAUUGCCAGAGUGCCUACCUGUGAUUGUCCAGACUUCAAGUUCCGGAGGGCGCAGUGUAAACACAUCUGCUUUGUCCUAUGUGCGAUGGACGUCCCUAGGAAAUUGAGGUACCAGCGGGCAUUUUUGCCGUCCGAACUACGCGAGAUGCUUGCUGCAUUAUUCUUGAAACGAACCUUGGCCACGACUACCCUUACUUCCACCGGCGAGAGGAAGCCUGUCGGGGGAGAAUGCCUAAUUUGUUUCCAUGAUUUCGAGCCCAACCAGCAAACUACGUGGUGCCAGACAUGCGGCAGCAAUUUUCAUGAGGCUUGCUUCAAGAAGUGGGAGGCCACUCUACAGGCAUCGCAGGAUGAUACCUGUUGUCUCUACUGGUAA